AUGUACAACCCGCCUUACCAAGUAUCAGGGCAGUAUGGCGCGCCGGGAGACUAUGCAAGUUUCCCCGGCGCACCGCCUGGAAUGGGUCCUCCUCCUGGUAUGGCUGCUCCAGGCAUGGGCGCUCCGCCCGGCAUCCAACAGCAAGAGGCUCACCAACCAGUCAGACCUGGCUCCUUUCCUCCGAAUUUCCAGCCACCACCUAGCAUGCCAAACAUCAACUUCUCGGCUCCUGUCAUCCGCCUAGGAACCUCUGGACCCUCCAAACCCGACGCUCCCGGCGGUCGCGAAGAUCGAGAAAGAGGCGGACGAAGACCUGGCCUAGGGGCUGGAGCGGGCUCGGAUUUUCGUGGAGAUAGGGACCGGAUUACCCAAGUCCAGCCACCAACGAAAGAAGAAAUCAUAAAGACCAUCUACGUCGGCGGCAUUACCGAGGGCGCCGGAGGAGAUGAAGGCAUCGAAAGGAUCUUGAACGCAGCAGGAAGUCUACGGAGAUGGGUCCGUGCCAUGGAUGCCGAUGGCAAGCCUUGCAAGUUUGGUUUUGCAGAGUACGAAGACCCCGAAAGCCUCAGUACUGCCAUAGAAGUACUAAGGGAUAUUGAGGUUCCUGUCAAGCGGCAGACUCCAGCUGAGGUGAAGGUCGAAGAGGAUGUCGAGGUCGAGAUGGCAAAAUUAGUGAUUGUCGCUGAUGACAAUUCACGAAGCUACAUUGAACAGUGGCAAGAAUCCCAAGGUGGCGCGGACCCAGAUCAGAUAGAAAUGCGACUUGAUCAUGCCCGUAGUGCAUUGGAUGCCGUCCUCAAAGAUCUUCGCGACCCCGCAGUUUCAUCACAGAAAGACGAAAUGUCAAACAUUGAUCGAGAAGGCGAUGUCAACAUGGCGGACGGAGCACAAACAGAUGGAGCGACUGGAGAAGUGGUCACCAUUCCCAUUGCCAUUGACGAUGAAUUAUCCGACAUCCCAGCAGAGAUGCGCGAGACAGUGGCGAAAGAAAUCGCCGCGUUCCGGGAUCGGAGCAAUCGUCGCGACCUGGAGCGCAUGAAACGUGAAGAAGAGAUCGAACAACAAGAACGGAAUCGCAUGAUGAAUGGUGAUCGCUUCAGCCGUCUCGCUUCGCCACCUCCUUCCGCACCUGCAGGACCGGCUGGCACAAACGGCAUACCGAUUGGCCCAAGAGGGGCACCUGCCGGACCAAAAGGCUUUGGUGUGCAAAUACCACGAGAAUACCAGAAGGGUGUUGUGCUGGUCAAUGGAACGGCAAUCAAUGGAGCCUCUGCAUUUGAAGACGAAGACACCGAUGCCAGCGAUGAAGAGCUCGAACGACGUCGCAAGGAGAAGAGAGAUGCCGAACUUGAGAAGCAAUUCCUGGAUCAGGAGCGUCGAUGGCUGAACCGGGAAAGAUCACGCACAGAAGCCGUUGAACGGGUGAAAAAGCGCGAAAAGGACGAGUCAGGCCGUUCAGAGGAGGAGAAGGAAGCAAUGCGCAGACGAUUGCACGACUGGAACGACGACACGGAGGCCUCCCGUAAGGUCGAGGAGUACUACGCUGACCGGAGCAUGUGGAUCCGGAACCGGGCGAGUUUUCGCCAGCGUGAGAUGGCAAAUGACGAUGCAGAUCGUGCGGCCGAACAACGAGAGCAAGCCCGAGAAGUACACCAGCGUAAACGGGUGGAUGCCAUGGCAGACGAUUUCCUGGGUCGGCAAGAACGAGAAAUGCUCAGCAGGGAACAAGAUAGGGAAGAGGAAGAGCGCGCACAGGCUUCGCGCCGUGAACCUGCCCGCUUCAAGCUGUCCCUCGGGGCUGCGGCACAGAAAGCGGCAGCACAAAGUGCCUCUCAGGUGGCGAAACGCACAGUUGCGGACGUGGAGGGUCUCCUUGAGGACGAAGAGGAAGAAUCCAAGACCGGCACGCGCAGAACACUCAUACCCAUUGAGUACGACGCCUCGACAACUGCAGGCAUGUCAGAAGAAGAGCGGGCGCAAGCGGCUCGCCAGCUCGCUGCAGAUAUUCCCAAUGACAAGGAGGGCUUAUGGGCGUGGGAUGUCAAGUGGGAAUUUGUGGAUGAAAGUAUCAUUGAGGAGCGGUUGAAGCCGUUCGUGGAGAAGAAGAUCGUCGAGUACCUGGGUGUGCAGGAGCAGAUGCUCGUGGAUGUGGUUGUCAAUGCUCUUCGAUCCCGGGGGAAACCGCAAGAGUUGGUAGGAGAGCUAGAAGGGGCCCUCGAUGAAGAAGCGGAGGUUUUGGUGCGCAAACUCUGGCGCAUGCUCAUCUUCUUCUCCGAGUCCGAGAAGAGCGGGCUUGCGGCUUAG